AUGUUUUACUUCUCACACUUAGUAUUUGUAUCCAUCACAGAGUCUAUUACAGAGUCCAUCACAGAGUCCAUCACAGAGUCCAUCACAGAGUCCAUCACAGAGUCCAUCACAGAGUCUAUCACAGAGUCCAUCACAGAGUCUAUUACAGAGUCCAUCACAGAGUCCAUCACAGAGUCCAUCACAGAGUCCAUCACAGAGUCCAUCACAGAGUCCAUCACAGAGUCUAUCACAGAGUCUAUCACAGAGUCUAUCACAGAGUCCAUCACAGAGUCCAUCACAGAGUCCAUCACAGAGUCCAUCACAGAGUCCAUCACAGAGUCCAUCACAGAGUCUAUCACAGAGUCUAUCACAGAGUCCAUCACAGAGUCCAUCACAGAGUCCAUCACAGAGUCCAUCACAGAGUCCAUCACAGAGUCUAUCACAGAGUCUAUCACAGAGUCCAUCACAGAGUCCAUCACAGAGUCUAUCACAGAGUCUAUCACAGAGUCUAUCACAGAGUCCAUCACAGAGUCCAUCACAGAGUCUAUCACAGAGUCUAUCACAGAGUCUAUCACAGAGUCCAUCACAGAGUCCAUCACAGAGUCCAUCACAGAGUCUAUCACAGAGUCUAUCACAGAGUCUAUCACAGAGUCCAUCACAGAGUCCAUCACAGAGUCCAUCACAGAGUCUAUCACAGAGUUCUCUCUCCCUCCCUCAGGGGCGGGGCUUCCGGAGGACUAUAUAAAGCUCCUGGAGCAGGCGUUCUGUCCACUUCCUCCUCUGAGCUCUGAGAGAGAGGAGCCUCAUGGAGCUGGAGCUGCUUCUGGAGGUGUGUGCGGCUCGUGUUCAUCAGGACCAGGACUGUCGGGGCCAGGUGAGACCAGGGGGCGGAGCCUGAGCGCUGCUGGUCCUAGGGGGCAGAGCCUGAAGAUGGCGUCUGACUCAAUGUGGUGUGGGAGGGGCUGCUGGUGGUGA